CAUUUUGUGCUUCAUGCAUUUCUCACUCGACGGCAGACAAAAUGGGAUUCAAGACUAAAAAGUCCAACGCUGAUGCGGUAUACUCCAAGAAAUCUGUAAAGAGCUCCAAUCCAUUUGACUCGGCAACAGCUCAAAAUGCUAAACGUGUAAAUCCAUUCGAUGUGCACGUAAAUAAAGAGAAAUUCAAAAUCUUGGGCCGCAUUUGCAAGCAUGAUCGUGGUAUGCCAGGUGUUUCCCGGGCCAAGGCUUUGCAGAAAAGAACGCAGACUCUGGGCAAGCAAUAUGCGGUCAAGGACAAGUCCAACAAAUUUGCGGAUCAUCGCAUUGGCAAGCAUUUGAGUGGAGAUCAACUCACCGAGUCUGUGAUGAAUGCGCGCUUUUUGUCCGAGAAGCUGUCACAGAUUCGUGCGUCAAACAAGGCGGAAAAAUUCAAUCUAAACGACGAUGAGCUGCUCACGCAUCGUGGGCAAACGCUCGAGGAGAUUGAACAGUACAGAGAUGAACGUUCCGAUGAUGAGGACGAGGAGAAUGAUCGUCUGGAUGCCGAGUUCACGUCAGCGGCGCAUUUCGGCGGCGAUGGGGACAAGCCACAGGAUCGUCAGACAGCCAUUGAAGAAAUGAUCAGUGAGCAGAAGCGACGUAAAAAUGAAAUAGCCAAGGACAAAGAUGAAGUCUAUGACCUGACCGAGAAACUAGAUGCCAACUACAAACAGUUGCUGGGGCUCGUCAACACCGCCACAGAGGAUGAGCAGCGCGAGAAGCCACCACCAGAUGCCUACGACAAGCUGCUGAAAGAUAUGAUCUUUGAACCGCGUGGUAGCGUCACCGACAAGUUAAUUAAACCCGAAGAGCUGGCCAAACAGGAGGCGGCGCGUCUUGAAAAGCUGGAGAACGAGCGUUUGCGUCGUAUGAAAGCCGACGGCGAGGAACAGGAGACAAAUGUGCAAGUCCCACAUCGUUCCGCAGAUGAUUUGGAUGAUGGUUACUUUGUUGCGGGCGAGGAAGAUGAUGAUGAUACGCUAGCCUAUGAUUUGGAAGGCAAUCUGGGCACACAUCUCAGUCAAAAGAAGCAGGCAGCUGAGCAGGCGGAUGAGAACGGAGCUGAAGACUGUGAAGAUGAUGAUGAUGAAGGCGAAGAGGAGGAGGAGGAGGAAGAAAGCGACUCUGAGGUUGACAACAUGAGCGAUCUUAAAGUGUCGGAAAGCGAAAGCGAAGACGAGCAAGCAGCGGCACCGCAAGCAAAUAAACCGAAAGCCAAAACACCAAAAGCGCAACCGCCAGCGUCCAUGGACACCAGCAUACCAUUCACUAUCAAAAUGCCCAAGACAUACGAGGACUUCACCCAGCUUCUCUCCAAAUAUACGGCAACCCAACAGGCAACUGUUGUGGAGCGCAUAAUCAAGUGCAAUGAUCCCAAGCUCGAUGGCGUGAAUCGUGAGCAUGUUGUGAAGCUGUUUGCCUUUUUGCUGCAGUACAUUAAGGACAUGUUUGAGGAUGCUAGUGAGCAGGAUAUUGUGUCACAUUUCCAGUUAGUCUCACUACUGAUGCCACAUCUCUAUGAUCUGUCCCAUCUCAAUCCUGAACGCAUGUCCAACACGUUGUUAGAUGUUCUGAAAGAAAAGUACGGCGACUAUCGUAAGAAUCAAAAGGUUUAUCCAUUGCUGGAAACGCUCAUCUACUUUAAGAUCGUCUCGAAUCUGUAUUCCACCUCGGACUUCCAUCAUCCGGUCGCCACGCCUACCUACAUCUUCAUGCAACACAUUCUAUCCCGGGCUAGAGUUCGCACUCGCCAAGACAUUGCCAUGGGACUGUUUAUUGUCAGCAUUGCCUUGGAGUUUGGCGUCAGUUCGAAGCGUUUGUUGCCAGGAGUCUUUAAUUUUCUGCAGGGGAUCGUUCACAUGGCGAUACCUAAGAAGCAAGGACAAGAUCAGCUGGAAAUUGUGCCGCCCUUUGAGCGUGACGGACCCUUCAGUAAACUGUUAGCUAUUUCAGCCAGCAAGACGAGCAAAUCGCUUCCGAUACAACAAAUGCAGGCAGCUGAUCUUGUGACGCACACGAUCACCGAAGAGUUUAAAGUACGUGCCGUAGACACGGCAUUGCGUCUGAUCAAACACUGCAUGGAGCAGCUGGUUGGCGAACACGUUGGAGCCGGCUGCCUGGCAACGCCUUUCCUGGCGCUUUUUGAGCGACUGUCGCUCGAACCAUACGCGGAGCAUGUGCAUCAACAUUAUGCCGAGGCCAAGGAGGCGCUGCAUCGACUUGCGACGCAGAAAAUGAAGCCGUUGGCACCACCUGAUAGAAAACCGAAAGCUUUGCGUUUGCUGGAACCACGUUUCGAGGUCGUCUACGAUGACAAACGGCGGCCCAAGAUGUCGAAGCAAAAGGAGGAGCGUGCUAAGCUGCUGCACAAGAUCAAGCGUGAGAAGAAGGGCGCCAUACGUGAAAUACGUCGCGAUACGGCCUUUGUGCAGGACCUCAAACUCAAGCAGCAGCUGCAAAGCGACAAGGAGCGGCAUGAGAAGGUCAAGCGCAUCUACCAGGAGGCAUCCAUGCAACAGGGCGAGCUCAAUGAGCUGGCGCGCGCUAAGAAGCGCAAGAAAUUCUAGACGCAAAUGUGUUUUUGAACUCAUGUUGAUAAGUGUAAUUAUUAUUAUUAAUAUAAAGCAAACGUAUGUGUACAUA